AGCCGUUCGGCCCGGUCCCGUAGACCGCGAGCUGCCUCCGUGUUCACCCACAUUACCUUCCGUGUCACCGCGUGAGGCGGCUGGGUCCGGCCUGGCGGCGUGUCACCUCGGGGCAGACGAGCCUAUACGAUGGCAGACAAUUAUGGUAAAGGAAAGAACCGUCGGAAGGGCGGCAAGAAAGGGGAGGCUCGGGAGGAUUAUGAUGCUUAUGGCAAGGGCUAUGGUGCAAACAAUUCGUCAAUGGGUGGCGGAGCAGGAGAGGCAAGGCAUCGAAGGACGUUGUCCACCAUUACCCGCCCAAAGAGAUGGCUGCAGACGUCGGUUAUCCAGUUCGGGGUGGACAGACACUCUUGAUUGCAUACUUUCCAUGGGAGGCAUCUGAGGCAGACAUCGAGAGGGAGUUCUCCAAGUUUUGCCGUGUGAAGCGCGUCCACUUAGUAGUGGACAAGUCAUCCAGGAAGCCGCGCUGCUUCGGCUUUGUCAAGUUUCUGAGCAAGGCAGAUGCUGAGGAAGCACUGCGGGCGACGACGCAAGGUCUAGUGCAGUUACCGGACACCCGUGGUCAUGUGUGGCACCUCAAGGCCGAGUGGACGAAGUCGGGCGACAUGGUUGUGGACGAUUCCGAAGCAGAGCAGGAGGUUGCCAAGCGGAAGGAGGAGAGGCGUAGCCGCACUGACACCACAACGGCCCCUGGCACAGCUACGCGCAGCAAUUCUGGCAAAGGAAGCGCACCUCCUCCAAAGGGAGCGCUCCAUCCAGGAGUUCCUGCCCCGCUACCUCCUCUACAGACACGCUGUCCUCCGCAGGCCGCCAUCGGCAUGCCACCGCCUCCGCCAGCGGCACUGCAGCAGCAUCAGCAGGCUCAUGCGCACAUGCCUCCGUUGCAGCAGCCCCUGCCACACCAGGGCCAGCUCUACGGGCAGCACAUGUAUGGCCAAGGGCAGCAGCUGUAUGGCAGCCAGGCGUCCGUCUAUGGAGGUAGCCUUCCGGUGGCACCUCUCCGCGACCCUGGCUUGGAUGCCCCUGGCUUGCCGUCUGCUGGCGCUCCGCCGCUGCUCCGCGACAUAAACAGCUAUGCGCAGGCUUACCCUGGCUCCAGCUAUGCAGCGGCUGUGGCAGCUGCUGCUCAUCAUGCGCCAGGUUAUCCGCAGUCGCAGAGCUAUGUUGGUCAGCAGCCAUACGCCAGUGGCCAGCAGCCAUACGUUUCCAGCCAGCAGGCGUACGGUGCUCAGUACUCGGCAGCGGGCCAGGCCGCAUAUGCAGCUGGGCAGCAGGCAUACCAAACGGCGGCUGCGACUGCAAGCAGCGGCUACCCUCCAGGAGGAGCGUAUCCACCACAGGCACAGUCCGGUUACGGUGCUCCGCCGGGAUAUGGAGCGCAGUACAGCCAGCAAGCGGCGACCUACCCAACAAAUCCGGCAACUGCAUAUGCCACUGCCGGAUAUGGUUUGGGCCAAAGUCCGUACAACUACUUGCAGCAGCCUAGUGCAACUAGUGGCUCUGGAGUCGUGGCCUACGGCAGCUAUCAGGGUGCGCAAAGCCAGGUGCCGCAGCAGCAGCCGCUGCAGUACACGCAGCCCCAGGCUGAUCCGUCUGUGGCCACCGGCAGCCUGGCCGAUCAGCAGUCACAGCAACAGUACCUCGAUAUGGUGUGGCAGCUGUCUGACAUGUCUCUCAACGACAAGCAAUCCUUGCCGGCGCCUCCGGCACAGCAACCUCCGGCUCCGCCUGCAGGGCACAUGCCCCGCGAUGGCGUGCCGAUGGCAGGGAGUUCCGCCGCGGUCUGGAAUUCCUUCGACGAUGCUGCUGCCAAGGGCAUGGUGGAUGGCCUGGUGGGAGGAGACGACACCAGUGCACCACCACCGUUGCCACCGCCGCCUCCGACCUCCAAUACGGCCAUGUGGGGAUCUCACUGAGGCAUCCAUCCGAUUGACUGCCAUCGAUGUUUCAAGGCUUGAACAUGUUA